AACAUUAGUUACGCAGACGACAUGGUGCUGCUGAGCCCCUCGGUAGGCGGGCUUAGGAAACUGUUACUAGUCUGUGAGCAAUAUGCUAACAGUCAUGGUCUUAAAUAUAAUUGCAUUAAAAGUGAAUUAAUGAUUUUUAAAUCUGGUAAUAAGUGUCCUGAAGAGGUUCCUCCAGUGUUGCUUAAUGGAGUGCCAUUAAAAAGAGUGUAUGUAUUUAAGUACCUUGGCCAUGUAUUAUGUGAUGAUAUGUGUGACGAUGAGGAUAUAAAGAGGGAGCGGAGGGCGCUGGCGACCAGGGCGAACAUGCUGGCACAUAGGUUCGGGCGAUGCACAGUGCCUGUCAAGAUAACUUUGUUUAAAGCUUUUUGCACAUCACUAUACACAUGUGCACUAUGGGCCAGCUGUACGCAGAGGGCGCUGGGUGACCUCCGCGUCCAGUAUAACAAUGCGUUCAGGGCGCUGAUGCGGCUGCCGCGCUGGUGUAGUGCAUCAGGAAUGUUCGCGCAUGCGCGCGUAGAUGGUUUCCAGGCCAUGCUGCGCGCGCGGUGCGCGGCAUCUUUGUGCCGCCUGCGUGGCAGCCGGAACAGCCUUCUGGCCGUCUUAGCUGAUCGCUGGGAUAGUCAGCUCCUCAUACACUGGACUAGAAUGCACUCGGUGGUGGCCACCUACACAUAUAACUGAGUGUAUGUGGCUGUUACCAAGGCACUUUAAUUAGAAUUAUAAUUAGAAUAAG